CUCUCUCUCUCUCUCUCUCUCUGACCUCACAGUGAACUCGCAGUCUCACCUCAGAUCUGAGAAAAUUCGCGGCAAAAAAUGUCGAGCCGACUCGUCGUCGUCCUCUCAAUCUCAGCUCUUCUUAUUUUCUCUCUCCUCACCACUCCAUCUCUCUCCAAACCAUCAGACUCCAAAGCCGACUCAAAUGACGACGAAGAUCUCAGAUACCUUGAAGCCGAGGAAGAAUUCGACGCCUCAUUGGAACGCCCUAAGUACUUAGAUCCCUUCCAUGAAAUGGACCCUGAAGACGACGACGACGACGACGAGGACUUGGGAAACUACGACGAAUUCGAGCACGAGGAUGAGUACUCGAUUCCUAAAAUCGACGACGAGGACGUCUUCGUUUUGACGGAUGGAAAUUUCAGUGAUUUUAUAGAGAGUAAUCAGUAUGUGAUGGUGGAGUUUUAUGCACCGUGGUGUGGACAUUGUCAAGCUCUAGCGCCGGAGUACGCCGCGGCGGCGACGGAGCUGAAGGAAGCUAAGGUGAUGCUGGCGAAAGUGGAUGCGACGGAGGAGAGUGAGUCGACGGAGCAGUAUGAGGUUCAAGGGUUUCCUACUUUGUAUUUCUUUGUUGAUGGUAAUCCCAAGCCGUAUACUGGCCAACGCACCAAGGAUGGCAUAGUAACUUGGAUCAAGAAGAAGAUAGGACCUAGUAUAUAUAACAUAACCACAGUAGAGGACGCAGAGCGCAUAUUGACCUCCUUGGAUAAAGUUGUUUUGGGCUUUCUUGAUUCAUUGGUGGGUCCUGAGAGUGAGGAGCUUGCUGCUGCUUCGAGACUUGAAGAUGAUGUCAACUUCUACCAAACAGUGAAUCCUGAUGUGGCAAAGUUUUUCCAUGUGGAUCCCAAUGUUAAACGGCCUGCUUUGGUCAUGUUAAAGAAGGAGGCUGAGAAAGAGGCCCAUUAUGAUGGUCAAUUCAUCAAGUCUGCAAUAGCUGAGUUUGUGUUAGACAACAAGCUUCCUUUGGUGACCACUUUUAGUAGAGAAAGUGCGCCUUUGAUAUUUGAAAGUCCAAUUAAGAAACAGCUAUUGCUGUUCGCCAAUUCAAAUGAUUUUGAGAAGCUUAUCUUUGUCUACGUUGAAAUGGACAAUGAAGAUGUUGGACGACCUGUGUCGGAUUUUUUUGGCGUCACAGGGGAUGCUUCAAAAAUUAUUGGGUAUACCGGAAGUGAUGACGGUAAGAAGUAUAUACUUGACGGGGAAUUGACCCUGGAUAAAAUUAAGGUUUUCGGGGAGGAUUUCAUGGAAGACAAGCUGAAACCUUUCUAUAAGUCAGACCCACUUCCUGAGACAAAUGACGAGGAUGUGAAGAUCGUGGUUGGGAAUAACUUCGAUGAACUCGUUUUGGAUGAGUCAAAAGAUGUUCUGCUUGAGAUCUAUGCACCCUGGUGUGGGCAUUGCCAAGCAUUGGAGCCAAUAUACGACAAGCUUGCCGAACAUUUACAUGGUAUUGACUCUCUUGUUGUUGCCAAAAUGGAUGGAACAACAAACGAACACCCCAAUGCAAAGGCUGAUGGAUUCCCCACAAUUCUUUUCUUCCCAGCAGGAAACAAGAGCUUUGAUCCUAUUACUGUCGAUGCUGAUCGUACAGUGGUGGGAUUCUACAAAUUCCUCAAGAAACAUGCAUCAAUUCCUUUCAAGCUCCAGAAACCAGGUUCAAGUCUAACAUCCGAGAGCUCUGAAGCCAAGAAACCCGAGAGCUCCAAAGCCAAAGAAAGCAUCAAUGAUGUGAGGGACGAAUUAUGA